GGGUUUCCUGUCGUGCYAAUGCCACGAGGCCGCGACAACACCCAGGAAAACACCCAGCGGGCCCCCGAGAGCCCCUCCGAGCAUCCAUGGUGCUGAGAGAAGGAGCGCGGCACAAAGGCUGUGCAAAACAUCCCGUCAGGUCCUCACCCUCCCGCUCCUCGCGUGCGAAGGCGUUUCCCGGUGUUGAGGUAGCUCAGGGCACCGUGCCCCUUCCCUGGCCAUGCCCACACCGUGCCCGAGGGGUGGUGGCAGCCCUGGCACCAGGUUCGCCGUCACUUCUGCUUUCGGGGCGACGCGCGGCAGCUCCGCGGGGCCGAGCCGGGGGCUCCAGCAGGGCAAAAGCCCCUCUUUGGGGCGCACCCCACACCGUGCCAGCCGAGCCGAGGGGUGCCCGCAGCCCCCAGCUCUCGGCGGCCCCGCUCUGGGUGUGACGUCCUUCCCUCCGAAAGCGCAGCCGCCCUUCCGCGCUCUCUCCGCUCGCCGCCCGGCCGGAGGUGCAGGCGGAGGGUGCCCCACGACACCCCGGUGGCGGUGSCGGUGCCAGGGCUGCCCUCGCCCCGCUCGCCCGUGGCUCCUGCAGUCGGGAUCCCGCAGCAUCCUCCGGCACAGGUCCCAUGGCGCUGGGCUGGGCUGUGCUGCUGCUGCUGCUGAGCCCCGUGCGGGCAUUUGGGGCUGAUCCACCGCAGAUGGGGCUGCCCCAGGGCGGGCAGUGGGUCUGGGGAGCGGCCGAGCCCCUGUCCCUGUCCCGUGGGAAGAGGGAUAACAGCGGGCAGGAGCUCGGUGCCACCGCGAUGAUCAGCAGCGACAAGACCGAUGGUGUCUCUGUGCCACCGCCAGCACUCGCCACCAAGGCCAGCCCGCUCCGGGUGCCAACCCCAGCCGAUCUCAUGGAUGAUUCCCCCGAGCCUGAGCUGCUGCUGAGCUCUGUGKCGCCAGAACCCGGCACCAAYKCCAGCCUUCUCCGGGUGCUUGCAGCGCCCACCACAGCCGAGCCGAUGGUUGAGACACAUCCCCCUUAUCCCGACCUGCUGGAGGACUCUGUGUCACCCCCGGCGCCCAGUGCCAGCCCCAGCCUGCUCCGGGUGCCUGCAGCAUUCACCACAGCGGAUCCCACAGAUGAGACCGAUCCUCCUCAUCCCGACCUGCUCCUGACCUCUACCCCAGCAUCCAGCACUCUGCCCAGCCGGGCACUCACGGUGCCAACCACCGCCGCUCUCAUGGAUGAGACCGAUUCCCCCGAUCUCGACCUGUUGCCAGGCUCACCCUCAGCACCCCAAAAGGGCAUCACCAUCACCACACGCAGCUGGCUCACGUCACCCGCCGAGGAGGGGACAGUGACUGAUGGCCUGGACGGCAUCUUCUCCACAGGGCCAGGCUCAACAGCCCCCCCAGCCCUCGUCCUCACCACCRCGGGCUACAAGAAACCCAAGAAAUCCGGAGUUCUGCCUGCAACGACCCUCCCGACCCCUUGGGACACGACAUCGGGGGCCACCGCGGCGCCCUGGGAGCCCAGCGGGCUGAUGGGCAAGUGCCUGCUGGCCAUCCUGCUGCUGGGGCUGGUGGCCGCCACCUUCCUGGUGUGCACGGGGGUGCUGGGGACGCUGCUGUGGCGACGGGCGCGAACGGGGCAGCGCCGCUUCAGCCACACCGAGAUGGUUUGCAUCUCCUCGCUGCUGCCCGACGCCGAGGCRGCCCCCGGYCCCCGRCCCGUCCCGGCCCAGCGGCACAAGCUGCUGCUGCCCGACGGCAGCUCCGAGCCCGACGGAGACAACCUGACUCUGAGCAGCUUCCUGCCGGAUCAUUCCUGAGCCGCAGGGACGGAUCCUGCAUCCCACAGGAGCCCCGUGCCCGGUCCCCGGUGGAGCCGCGGGGCAGCGGAGCCCGGUCCCCCGGGGUUUUAUCUCGGAGCGGUGCGGCGGAGCUGCUGCCCCGCGGCGAGCUCAGCCCUYGAGGCGCAUCCCAUUAAAAUGUUAUCCGGA